UUUAAUUAUUCAUCAAAUAAAGAAAAAAAAGUACAAUAUGAACAAAGUAAAGAUGGUGUAUCUGAUUUCAGUUGUAGUUCCCAAACAUCACAUACAGAUCCUCUAUGUUCUUUUAUUGAAAAAUAUCGUUAUGAAUAUUUAAUAUGUCAAUAUCAUCUUCUUCAAUAUCAUUUAUCUCGUCAUCAAUCAAUUGAAUCAAUAAAUACAUUAAUUAAUUUACAAUAUCAUAUAUAUCCAAUAAUAUUUUCUCUUCCAUGUACAAUUAUUCUUAUUGAAUAUUUUUAUUGUCAAAUGAAUUAUAAACAAUGUUUAAUAUUAAUUAAUAAAUUAAUAACAUUUUGGUGGUCAUAUUUAACACCACGUGAAAAACUUGAAUUAGGAAAAUUAAAAAGUAUAUCAUUAAUUAUUGAAUUAAAACAAAGUUCAUUAGAAUCAGCUAUUUUAUCCGGGUAUUUUGCUAAACGUAUAUUAACUGGUUAUCAUGAAAAUAUAUUUCUUAUUGAAACAUGUAUUCAUUUAACAUUAGCAUUAAUUGGUGAAAUGCGUUUAUCAAAUAUCGAAUUAAUUUUACAACAUUUAGAAUAUUUAAGUGAACAAACAAUGAAUUGUUAUGCAAAAUUAUGGUAUUAUAUAUUAAUUAUUGAUGUUGCUAUUGAACUUGGUUAUGAAUUUAUGCCAAUAACAAUUGAUUUUCUUGAAAAUAUAACAAAAUAUCGUAAAAAACUUCUUACUGGACCCAAUCAACAAAGUUUAUUAAUUGUUUAUAGUGAUUGUACAUUAGCACAAAUAUAUAUACGUUUAGGACAAUUAAAUAUGUCAAAAAUACAUUUUCAACAAGCUUUACAUCAAAUAAAAUAUGAUCAAAUGCAUUUAUCAAAUGUUGAUUUUCGUUUUAAACGUGCAUUAUUAAAAUUAAUUGAAACACAAUUAUUAUAUUGGUAUCAUACAAAAGAAUAUCAAGAAAAUAUAACAAAAGAAUAUUUUCUAUUAAAUAUGAUUGAAAAUAAUGUUAAUGAAAAUUUAAUACCAUGGAAUAAAACAAGAUAUUUAAUUUAUCAAGCUUAUUAUGAUAGACUUAUUAAUGAUUAUAGAAGAAUACAAAAAUAUUCUAUCGAUAAUGAUUUCAAUUGGGAAUUAAAUUUAGAAGAAGCUGAAAUAAAUGCUGUCAAACUUGAUAUUCUAUGGAUAAAACGAUUGCGAACUGCUUGGUCACAUUCUCUUUCGGAACAAAUAUCAUUACAAAUCGAUGAAGCUCUAUCAAUUCAACGUCCACGUACAUCAAUAAUAAUGCAUAAACCAAUAAAUCGAUAUUCUCUUCGACCAUCAAUUCCUCAUAUAAAAGUAUCAUUAAAAAUUGAGAAAAAUUCUGAUGAACAAUCAACAAAAUCAGUUCACAAUUAUUCUCAUCAGAAAUUUGUUGAUUCACGUUUAUCAGUAACAAAAAUUACUUUAUUACCACAAUUCCAACUCUAUAUUCUUCCGGUGAGAGUGUGAAAAUAGAUCUGUUAAUUAGUUUACUUUCGUUUUUUUCUUCUUUUUCUUCCAUGUAUACAAUAAAAAAGAAAACAAUGUUAAUUAUAUUCAGUUUGCAAGUAAUGAAAACAUUUUCUUAACUUUCUUUUUUUUUGUUGCUUGAUAGUAUAUCGGUUUCGAUUGAUCUCAAUCAUUUUAUUGCCGAUGGGAUAAAAGUGUAAACAACAACUCGUUCACAUUCACAUACAUUACAAUAAGAAACAACGCUUUUUUUUCACAUACACACACACAUAGAACGAAUAAUCACUGUAUACCUAAUGAGUCAAUCAAAUGAACAUCAAGAAAAACUAUAUGUGAUAAUGACACAUAUAAUUAUAAGAAUUUUGUUUUAGUGUGAACUUCCCACAUAUCACCGGGAUGAACAUCUUUACUGACUAAAUUUUAAUAAAUAUAAGACAAUAUUCAUAUGACCAAGAUAAAUAGCGAGAUGUAUUGGAAGCCAACCAUCAUCAUUCAUUCUUAAAAGAU